ACCUGAUUUUUGGACGUCUCUCGGAUCUUGACUCCUUGCGCACAGCCUUUCUACCUCCCGCAUGCUUCACCUUGGUUCUUCUGACCUCCCAGCGGGCGUCGUGAACACGUCUGCGCCUACGCGGUACACUAGGCUCCUCGUUCGGCGUACCUGCCGGCGCGGAAGCUGUCAUCGGAGUGGAAUCACAGUCAACUAAGCCAUUGUCGUCGUACCAGAACACCAUCGAAGACCAUCCCAAUUACUCUUCCCUACGAAUCCUUCGAACCCGCGCAGCAUGCUACGGAAAGCCCGAGCCCAACGAUGCCGGUCGAUACGUCCUAUGGUCACCCGACCGCCUGGCCGCCUGAAGCUUGAGGCAUCUGUAACACAUCGACGCGCACAGCGCCCGGUCAGCCGGGAAAUAAGCGCACUGACUUCAGGCAAGAAUACGAUGCCGGCGCGAUGAUGCACACGUCCGUCAGCCACAACAGCGGAGAGCUGGACGCGCAGUGCGCCACAGUCGCGCGGCGGCGGCGCGCGCAGCAGCUGCUCCGGAGGGAUCGUCGCCGACUAGCGAUGCGUAGUGGCGCACUUCAGAACGACAUAUCGCGCCUUCCACUUCCGCUCGAGCACGUCGCCAGAGGAGGCCCGUCAGAGCUACGCCGCAAAUGCAAAUGCGCGCCCACCCUACGCGCGUACGGGAAGGAGUCGUUCGGCUUCCGCAACCGCACACCAGAACCCCGGGGGAUCUCACUAGUGUGCUUCGGCGGUGCAACGCUGGGGCGCAGCUGCAGCUGAUGACGUC